UGCACAUCAGGUUGUUCUGUUGCAGGACACAGAGAAAGUUAUCAUGAGAGAAAGACCUACUGUGCAUAUCGUCCAAAAAGAGUAAGUUCACAAUGAAACACACAAUUCAGGCUGUGGCCGUGUGGGGAAGUAGAGCUCCAGCUCACAGUAUUACCACCAUGAUGAUAACAGAGGACCAGAAAACUAUUGUAACUGGUAGUUGCGAAGGACAGCUAUGUCUGUGGCAUCUAUCAGAGGAUAUGAAGAUUACAUCUAGAGCACUUCUUUUUGGCCAUACUACAGCUGUAACAUGCUUGGCCAAAGCAAGAGAUUUUGAAAAGCAACCGUAUAUUGUUAGCGCAACUGAAGAUGGGGAGAUGUGUGUUUGGAAUGUUGCCAACGGCCAGUGCAUUGAGAAUGCAAAACUUCCAUACAAGCAUACAGCAAUCUGUUACUACUAUUGCUCAUUCAGAAUGACAGGGGAAGGCUGGUUACUCUGCUGUGGCCAUUAUCAAGAUGUCCUCAUUGUUGAUGCAAAGACCUUGCAAGUUUUAAAUACCUUUCAAUCCCAGGCUUCAGACUGGAUUAGUUGCAUGUGCAUUGUUCAUUCCACAAGGAUUCAAGAGGACUCACUGGUUGCAAUAUCAGUGGCGGGUGAUCUACAAGUAUGGGAUUUAUCAUCCUCAGUCAAUAGCAUACAGGAAAAACAAAACGUUUGUGAAUCAGAAUCCAAAUUCCUGGAGCUUCCAAACUGCUGUGCAGUUUGUUUUUGCACUUUUACAGAACGUCUUUUGCUGGUGAUUUGCUGCAACUCUUGGAGGGUUUAUGACUAUUGUGAUUUUUCUUUGCUUUGCACUGAAAUUCACAAGGGUAACCAAUCAUUUGCUGGAGGGGAGUUUCUUGCCCGUAACAGACUUAUCAUCUGGACCGUGGAUGGUCACAGUUAUAUCUACCAGCUGUUGAACAGUGGUCUUUCCAAAAGUGUAUGCCCAACUGAAGGUGGAUUACUUAAAGAAACCAUUACUCCUCAGUUACUCUGCUCUACGUGUGUUGAGGAAAAGAAUUUAUGUUCUAUGGGUUUCAUGAAUGAAAGGAAGGAACCAUUUUUAAAAAUACUAUAUUCUGGUGACAUAUCCGGAAGGAUCAGUUUCUGGCAUAUUCCUGAUGUUCCAGUGACCCAGACUGAUGGCUCUCCACAACAAAUACAAAGGAAAACAACAAUCACUCUUCAAGAAAUCUUUGAUAGUCAUAAACCUAUGUCUGAGGGAAUAAUAGAUUACCUUGUUACUCCUGAAGAAGGCAUGGUCACUUCAUCAAUAUACAUUCCAAGUCUUGACAAACUGGUGUGUGGCUGUGAAAAUGGGAAAAUUGUUAUUACGUUUGCUCUGCAUGCUGCGAGAGCAAGACUUCUUAAAGACCACCCUUUCCUAAAAGGUUCACUGCCGCACAAAAUAUUUGAUGGGCAUGACUGCAGCAUUACUAGUUUACUUUAUCCACAUGGAGAGUCAGAGAAAUUUGAUCCAACUUGGCUCAUUUCUGGUGAUCAGAAUUCAACAGUAAUAUGGAGAGAUGUGUUCACAGGGCAGAUAUUCCACAAAUUUUUUCUACAGGCUGGGUCAAUAAUGAAACUACUGGUUCCACCAGAUGAUUACAAAAUAACAUUUUUCGAGACUGUGUACUGUAUUUGCAGUGACAAUUCAGUGGCACUUUUAAAUCUGCAGGAGCACAUAUGUGUUUUUCAUGCCAGGAAACAUCUAUUCCCUGUACAGAUGUUAAAGUGGCACCCUGUUGAAGAUGUCUUAAUAGUUGGGUGUGAAGAUGGUUCAGUUUAUGUUUGGGAAAUUGAAACAGGUACUCUGGAACGCCACGAAACUGGAGACAUAGCAAAAGCGAUCUUGUCUUCUUAUGAAAAUUUCAACAUUGUAAUGACAGAUUCCAUUAUUACUUCUUCUAAAGAGGCACAAAGACAUCGACGAAUGACAUAUAAGUCAUCAAACUCUUACAAGCUUGGCACAUUGUCUCAAAAUCUAUUUCAACAUGAAAAGGCUUCAAACAAGGUUGCAAAUUCCAGUUACAUCCCGAGACCUUUUUCAGUUGUACCAGUGAAAUCUAAGUAUAACAUUAGCUUGCACUUGCUUUUAUUUGAUCUAGAAAAAGUUUUAGAACUUCUUCAUUUAUCCCAAGCAAAUGGACUGAAGUCAGCAAACUCUUUCAGCAGUUACGAUGCACUAAAAACAGUCAAAAGUUCUUCAGAGAAACGGCCAUUAACACUCAAAAGAAACAAGACUGCUGGAUCCUUUUAUCAAGUGGAUGGUCAAAUGGCAGAGACAGUUGUGAAAGAAAAUGUUGGACGCCUAAAUGAAGAAUCAGGUGGGAUUAAAAGAAACAAGAAAUUCAAAAGCAGUAAAAGAAAUAGAAUGGAAUCCACAGGAAAAAUAGACGUAAACAUGAUAACUGAUGCAGCAAAACUUUUUCUGUCAUGUCUUAUACCUUGGGGUCUAGAUAAAGAACUGGACAAUUUCUGCAUCAGACACUUGGAUAUCCUUGAGAUUCAAACUUCUGUCACUUUUGGAAUUAUAUCAAGUGUGGAUCACAUUGGAUUAAUGCUACCAGGAUGGAACCAAAUGUUGAUAAACAAUGAUGUUUCUGCAAAAAGUUUACAUCAUUCAUUCACAAGGAAAGUCAUGGAUCUUUCAUUAAAAUAUUCUGUGGCUACCCAGAAACACAAUGAAAAAUGUGCACAUCAAAAAAGUAACUGUUUUAACACAAUGAGCCUGAACACUCUAGCAUAUGUUUUAAAGAAGUUAUGUGUUGUCAGUAAAGGGCUGAGUAUGGAGCCUGUAUCAACGUUCAGCAGCAUCAUCAGUCAAGAGAAGAUGGAGUCUGUGCGUGUUAAAUGGAAAAAUACUGAACAAUUUAAUUCAUUUUCCAUGUUUUCUGAGCUUCUGCAUGACAAAAGUUUUCCUGAUCCAGAAAAUGUAUCCUUAACUAAGCUUGUUUCAUCUUGGAAAGGCCAAUCUGUGCAGGUUAUAGAGGCAAUGCAAGCAGUUCUCUUGGCAGAAUUAAAAAGAAAAAUGCAGUCUGUUUCAGAAACCAUAAUAACCACUCAGCCUAUUGCAGUUCUGGACAGUGUGGAUAAUGGUCACACUUUGAAUCCGGAGCCUUCAGAUUCUGUAAAAAUACAAAAAAUUGUCAAUCCUUCUAUGCAAUCUCCAGGGGCAGUAGUAAAAUAUGAAAGUGAAUCCAAGUCUGUGAAAUUCCAAGAAGAUGAGGUUGUGCAAGAAAAAUGUGGAUUGGAGGAUUCUGAUAGUCCAGAUGAUUUGAAACAAAAUGCAUGGAUGUCUAAGAUGUGCUACUGCAAAGUGUGUUGAAUAAAGUUCCUACAACGUACAUUACAGAAUAUUUCACAAAUGCAUGCUUUAUUAGUUAAUUUCAGAGGUUAGAUCUCUGCAAUUUCUGUAAAAUCUGAGUAAAAUGUUCUUUAAACUGCUCAUCAAGGUUUAUAUAAAAUGUUUAUUUUAUUUACUUUUAUUUGUUUUGAGAGAUAUAAUUUAAUGGAUAGAAAUAUGUCAUUGUUAGUGAUGGGUGAAUUUAUUCGCAUGAGCCCAAAUUUGCGGCGGAUUUCCUCUUUUCGCCGCUGGCGAAUAAAUUCACGGAUUUGCUGCAAAAAUUUGCCAGCAUCAAAGUUUUUUUUUAUGCU